AUGUUAAAUGGUGUCAACAGAUUUAAACAAUGUCAAAUUUUCAUUAUUCAUUACAACGAACCUGGCGCGAAACCAAUCAUUGAAGAUGCUAAAAAGCCACAGCAAGCAGCUGUUUCCGAACCUGAGCCAGAAAAAGGAAAAUAUCAACGUGCACAAAAACCAGCAGCACCUGAUGAUGAGGAAGCAAGAAAAUUAAAAAUGGGAAAAGGCGUUAUUCCUGAUAAAAAGGAUGAUGGAGAAAAUGUUAAAUUGAAGCCAAUUCCCGAAAAACAAGCAGCUGAAAAGGUUGAACUUAAACCGGCUGAAGCAAAAAAAGCAACGACAGAAGGGCCAAAAGAUAAGCCAAAAGCAAAGAAAGCUACAAAGUCAAAAUAUGAAGACUUGCCUGAAAUUCCUGAUUAUGAACGUCCCGAAUUAGAAAAGUAUGAAGAGUCAGAUUUCAAUCCCAGUAAAAAGGUAAAACAGAAAAAUGAUGUAGAAAAAGUAAAAUAUACCAUUAGUCAGUUUAUAAAUUUGCCAAAUCCUUUAAGAAAAGAUGAAGAAUUUACUUAA